CUAUAGAAAGUUAUUUACAUAAACUUUACCAAUCAAAGCAAAGUUGGGCUUGUUGUUUUACAACACAAGUUUUUAAUGCUGAAAUUCAGAGUACGCAAUGUGUAGAAUGCUACAAUAAUCUUAUUAAGUCUAGUGUUAACCAAACAUCGUCUUUAAUUAAAUUAAAUAAUGCAAUUCAGGAGCGUCUUGAUUCAGAAAAUAAGUGUUAUUCAUAUAAUAUUUUACAAGAACAUUAUGACAAUGAACCUGAACUUACUGAUGAAUGUAUUGAAGACAAUUAUGACUCGCAACAAAUAUAUAUUAACUCUAUGCUAAACAAUAUGUUAGAUAAUAAAAUUCAAGAAGCUUGGCAUGUAGUUAGACUUACGGGAUCUAAAAAACCUAAUAAAAAAUUCCUACAAGAUCGAAUACAUUAUAGUAAAAGUUAUAGAUUGUUGCAAACCAUUCUAACAUUAGCAAUAGAGAUAAAAACUGAUGAAGAAGUAAAUGAUUGGUAUCAUCAAUUUAUUCAGCAAAAGAAAGAGCUUCUAAAAGCUAAUACUGCGUCAA